AUGUGUAGCUACUCUCAGCAAGGUUAUAACGAGAUUUCCUCCUCAGACUCAGCAACAUUUCCACUCCAAACUUCCAGACCUUUUACUAUCGAGCCUGGAGAAGAAAAUUUUCUAGCACGUGAAGGAGAACCUGGGCCUUUAUUAAAUUGUUCUGUAGCUGAGCCCUUUAGAGAUAGAAGUCGAUAUGAGUUGGAAUGGACUAAAGUUGUGGAGGAUAGGCCAAAGCUAAUAUCUCGCAAUGCUCUCCUCUACACCCCUUCAGCCCCGGAUGGCUACCAACUUUUUGAUAACGUUGCUACUGAUGGAUCUUACAAUCUACGCCUUUUGGGUGUCCAAUUUGAUCGUGACAACGGACGUUUCUUUUGCACAUUGGUAGAUUCUGGUACACAGACCCAAUGGUUAAGUGAACCUGCUAAAGUGGUUGUGUUAGUACCUCCACAGACACCAAGCAUAACUACACAACCUACCGAAGCUGUACGUGAGGGAGACUUGGCCACAUUUCGUUGUGAAUCUACAGGAGGCAACCCUUCACCCCAUUUCCAAUGGCUUUUUGACAAUAAAACAAAGGUCCCUGAAGGGUGGUAUAUCGAGAGGCCUGAGGCUAAUGCUGGAAAGAGUAUUUCAACAUUACAGAUGCACGUAAAAAGUGAACAUAAUGGGGCUUAUAUGCUUUGUCAAAUUUGGAAUCGAGCAUUGAAGGAAGGUGAACGAUUGCAAACACAUACAGAACGAUUGAAUGUUCUCUACGCUCCACGUGUCAAAAUUCUACCCUCUUCAGAACUCAAUGUAGAGGAAGGCCAAGUCGUCCGCUUAAUUUGUAAAGCUGAUGCCAACCCUCAACCAACCCAAUUUCAAUGGACACACAUCCCUACUGGAGAACAACAUCUCUCCCGUGAAUGGCACCUAGCAAUGAAGAGAAUACACACAGGGGAGUUUCGUUGUACAGCUACAAAUACAAUUGACACUGGUGCUGGGACAAUACGUUUAAAUGUGCUUUAUGGACCGUCUGUUAGAAUUAAAGUGGCUAUUGGAACAGAAAAUCCUGUUGAAGGAGAACGGCUGGUAUUGGAAUGUGAAAGUGAUGCAAACCCUAGGGUUGAGGCUGUCUCUUGGAGUGGGCCUGGAGGAGUUAAACAGAACGGGUCUAAAUUGGUUAUAGACUCGAUAAAUCGUGCCCAUGCCGGCAACUUUACCUGUACCUCUUGGAACACUUUACCUCUCACUUCUACCCAAUCAUCAGUACGUACAGGAUCCUCUUCUAUUUUCAUUGAUGUUCGGAGACGUCCAGGCCCUGCCAUAAUUUCAGCAAAGCGUCUGGUUGUAAAUAUUGGAGAGCCCAUCAUUUUGAGUUGCUCUACAGACGGAGAUAUAGGCAAUCCUCCAGCAAAGUUCAAAUGGGGAGGGCCAGGAAUGAGCAAUGACCAAUUUGGGAAAGAACAACAAUGGAAUAAAGCAAUAUUGAAAAUACCAGAAGCUAAACUUGGAGAUAAUGGAUUGUAUAGAUGUUUGCCUUAUAAUGAUAUUGGGCAGGCUGAAGAGAGUAGUGUAAGGAUUAUGGUUGUGGAACCAGCUCGUCUUAUACGUCCUUUACUCCCUACAAGAACUUUGUCUUCUAAUUCUGUUGAUGUCCAAAUUGAAUGUGAAGCUCGUGGCUUUCCCAGGCCACGAAUAUUUUGGUUAAAAGAUGGGCAAGCUUUGCCACUUGAUUCUUCAAGGCUUUGGGCUGUUCAGGAGCAUAGAGAGGCUACAGUACCUGGUUGUAACCAACAAAGAGAGCCUUGCCCUGUAACUGUUAAAAGUUCUCUUCAACUAGUACACCCAACAAGUUGGACAGAUAAAGGAAAUUAUGCCUGUAUAGCGGAGAAUUCUCCUACAGCUGAGGCUGCAUCUUCAAUUAUGGCUAUAAGUGUUGUGCAUGAACCGAUAAUUUUAAAUCAGAAGUUGAGUGAGGGCAUGGCUAUGGCUUCUGCUGAUAUAGGGGAAAAGGUAGAAGGAUUAUUUUAGAAAUAUUCGCACCCAGAUUUUCUAAAUUAUUCACCUCUAUUUUAUCAACGGGAUAUUCCUCCUCUGGGUCAAGGUUCCUCCUCUGAGUCUGGUUAUGCAUACCGAGUGUAACGUUCCUCCUCUGAGCCUUGGAUUGGUUAAGUAUGCCGAGAGUUACUUGUAUCUAUUUCCCACCUACCGUUAUUCUGAAGAUGAUUUUGGUCCACAAGGGAGUUUUUUGUUUG